UGGCCGCAACUCAAAAGUUCACUUGAAUUUUUGUGUUAAAUCGGGACAGAGGGCGACCACAGUGUCCGUGGUCACAAGUGGAAGAGCACAGCACGCAUUGCAGCAGGAAAAAAAACAGUAAUCAUGUUGAUAGAGGUUUUGAUUGGUCUGGUGGUUGGAGGAGUCGUUUUCCUGCUGGUGCUUCGAAGAAGAAGCCAUGUUUUGAAGACAGAGGAUGGCUGGUGGGGGGUCGGUCCAGAACCUGAUGGUGAGCAGGACACUACCAUCCACCCUUUUAAAGUGACCACCAGUGAUGCAGAAUUGGAGGACCUACACAGAAGAAUAGACCAAACGCGCCCAGUUCCCUCACUAGAGGACAGCCAGUUCCAUUACGGCUUCAAUUCGGAAUACCUGAGCAAAGUCGUCUCUUAUUGGAGGAAUGACUUUGACUGGAGAAGACAAGUGGACAGACUUAAUCAAUAUCCUCACUUUAAAACCAACAUUGAAGGCAUUGAUGUUCACUAUGUCCAUGUGAAACCCAAACGGGUGCCAGAGGGGACCGAUCCGAUUCCUCUCAUAAUGGUUCAUGGCUGGCCUGGGUCCUUCUAUGAAUUUUAUGGGACAAUCCCACUGCUAACAGAGCCAUCAGACCCUCAGGCCCUUGUUUUUGAGGUGGUAUGCCCAUCCAUACCCGGCUAUGGCUACUCAGAAGCGCCACAUAAGAAAGGUUUUACUUCAGUGUGUGCUGCUCGCGUCUUCCACAAACUGAUGAGGCGUCUGGGCUUUCAGCAGUUCUACGCUCACGGAGGAGACUGGGGAUGGCUUGUCACCACCAACAUGGCUCAGUUGGAACCCAAGAUCGUCAAAGGCUUGCAUGUAAACUUUGCUCCACCUUCCAAACCUGGACUGAGCGUAACUUUAUCGAUCCUGCUCGGCCGCCACUUCCCCAAGUUGUUCGGCUUUACCAGUGCGGACCUUGAGCGUCUCUACCCCUGCGUGCAAAAAUUGUUUGUGGAGUCCAUCAAGGAGAGUGGCUACAUGCACAUCCAGGCCACCAAACCUGACACGGCAGGUCGAGGACUGAAUGAUUCACCAGUCGGCUUGGCUGCAUACAUUCUGGAGAAGUUCUCAACAUGGACAAGUCAUGACUUUCGAAACCUGGAAGACGGAGGACUCACCAGGAAGUUCUCCUUGGAUGACCUGCUGACUAACGUAAUGAUCUACUGGACGUCUGGCUGCAUCAUUCCCUCAAUGAGGUUUUAUAAGGAAAACUUUUCCCGCCUCGGCUCUCCCCACACCAAGAUACCGGUGACGGUGCCGACUGGAUUUGCAUGCUUCCCCAACGAGCUGAUGCACACUCCAAAGUUGUGGGUCCAACAGAAAUUCCAUAACCUCCUCACCUACUCGCAAAUGGCCCGUGGGGGUCAUUUUGCAGCCAUGGAAGAACCCCAGCUGAUGGUUGAGGACAUAAAUAGAUUCAUUAAGAAAGUGGAGAUGAAAACACAGUAGGGCUGAAUAUGAGGUCGACAUGGAGGUUUUACAGUGAUCCCUCGCUACUUCGCGAUUCGUUUAUCGCGGCUUCACUACAUCACAGAUUUUUUUCCAAAUUAAAAAAACAUCUGAAAGUCAAAAUAAAACUUCUAAAUUGAGGAAA